ACAUUUUAUGAUUAAGAAAGCCUAUUAAUCGGUGAAAAAUAUUUGGAAAGUGUUCUAUGACGAAAAAUUAAAAUUCAUCGAUAAUUUCGAAGAAAGAAUGUCCUUAAAAAUACAACAGCAUCAAGCCAAAUAUGAAAGCUCCUUUCGCAGGCAAAUAAGAUUCACGCAAUUUAGAGUUGGCCUACGAUAUUUAAUUGGAGGAAUGCUGAUCACUUCUGUGAGUAUAUUUUUCACUGACAAAAUUCAUGAUUCAAAUCGACCCAUGGAUAUAAGCAUUGAAUUGCUAGAAUGCACAAAUAAUAUGGAUGAGAGAGCAUUCUUUGCAUUUGACGAGAUUCUUAAAUAAGGACAAGAUUUGAAAUCACUGGAUGUUUCCACCUAUUGUGCCUUGGGUAACAUGCUAGCCAGCAUCAAUUAAAGUGAAUUUUCAUAAACAGCUUUUUAUUUUGCACAUCUUAAAAACCACAAAGAAAUCAAAGCCAAUUCAGAUUUGCAAUUUGAAACAGUAACAAAAUCGAAAACUGGAGGAACAGAAGGAUAGUGAUAUU